AUGGAAGACCUGCCCGUGGGGGUAUUUCCCACGCUGGUACCCCCGAGCUCUAGUGGUCACACAGAAUUCCAUGCCCGGGAGAUUUCCCCGGACAUCCUCACAAAUCUUCUGCAAAGCAGUAUCCGAAAGGAAGUUGAUCUGAUAGUGCUGUUGCGUAGCAUCUGGGCCAUUGUUCUCCGCCAGUAUGUCGAGUCAGACGGGCUGUGCUUCAAGGCGGGAAGCAUGACUUCAGCUUGCUCUGAGUUGGAUAUGCUGGUCUAUCAAGCUGGCAUCUCUUCACAUGACACCCCAGAAGGUAUCUGGAGACAGCAGCAAAUAACGACCGGUAUCAGUGCGGGAGGUCGGAACUGGGAGGUGAAUACUGGUGUUUUUCUACUCAAGCCGUGCAGUGAUAGGCAAUGGAGAGCCAGAGCAAUGCAAGCUGUGGAUGCUUGCUUGGUUAUGGAAGAAGUGGAUGCCAAUGCUCCUCGUCUCUAUUUCCUGGCGAAAGCGACAUUAUUAUCCAGACAGCAGGUUCAGUAUGUUGCAGAUACUGUCGCUCAUGUCGCCUCAGAGAUCCUGCGCAAGCCCAACCAGACACUCAGGGAUACGGGUUUCUUUAGUCCCCAACAUGCACCAAUCCUACACAAGUGGAACCACCGUACCUUCUGGCCUGGCGAGGGCGACAUUCCCUCUUCCAUCCUGGACGCCAUUCGACGACAUAGUCAGCGGAGCCCCGACGCGCUCGCUAUUGUCGCUUGGGAUGGCAGUAUUUCCUACGGAGAUCUCGAGGCACGCAGCACGUGUCUGGCAGAGUAUCUGCGUCGUGUCGGUGUUGGCCCGGGUGUCAUGGUGCCCCUGCUUCUAGACCACAGCCAAUGGGUCAUCAUCACCCAAUUGGCCGUCCUCAAAGCCGGAGCAGCCUUUGUACCCCUGGAGCCAUCGCAUCCACAGGAGAGAUUGCGAUAUAUAGUGCGCUGUGUGAAAGCCUUCUUGAUUGUGGCGUCCGAGGCGCAUUGCGCUCGGGCUCGACAGCUGGUUGAGCAAGUCAUCCCGAUUAACGAGAGCAUCAUGAAUACAGUGCGUAGCGCAAUCCUGUCGACGGCGUGCAUAACUCCGACUGCAGACGCUCCGGCAUAUGUCCUUUUCACCUCGGGCAGUACCGGGCAGCCCAAAGGCUGUGUGAUCGACCACCGUGCGAUGGCCCAACUCCCCCAUGAUGGUGUAGCAGCGUCAGUGGGACCUGACUCACGUGUGCUGCAAUUUGCGACCUAUAGCUUCACCAUGGCCAUCUAUGAGAUAUAUUGGUGUUUGAGUAAUGGCGGGACACUCUGUAUCCCCUCAGACCAUGACAGGUUGAACAAUCUUCCUACCGUGAUCGAGGAGAUGCAAGUCACCUGGGCCGUGCUGACUCCGUCAGUACUGCGACGGCUGAGCCACGAUAACCCCCCAUCGAGUUUGCAGACGCUUGCCCUAGGCGGAGAGCCGUUGGCUGCAGGGGAUAUGGAGGCCUGGGUGCGAAAGCUGCAAGUGUUUUUCGGUUAUGCGUCUAGUGAAGGGACAGCACUGAAUUGCCUGACGGAGCUGAGCGAGCAAUCACAUGCCUUAGAGUAUACGCCUACCCCCCGGGUUCGUCACUGGAUUGUUGAUCCCGACAACCAUGAUAAACUCGCGGCAAUGGGCACAGUUGGGGAGUUGAUCGUUGAGAGUCCCGGACUCGCCCGCGAAUACCUGGACAAUCCAACCGCCACUGCCGCCGCAUUCAUUCAAAGUCCCGACUGGAGAAGGUCAUUUCGAUUUUCCCAGGAUGGGAGCCAACCGAUCCGUAUGUAUAAAACCGGAGACCUCUUCCGCUAUACGGAGAGGGGCAACCUGCAGUACGUUGGCCGGAAGGCCACGCAAGUGAAGAUCCGCGGCCAACGUUUGGAUCUGGGAGAAGUCGAAUACAACGUCAGCCAACAGUGUCCUGCACCCGCCCGAGUGAUUGCAGAGACAGGGGUCCCGAGAGAUGGGGCAGGGACAAUGUUACUAGUCGCGUUUCUUUAUUCGGACAACUACACAUUAGAGCAAUCAGAAACGACGCAGUCAGAUGAGGCCUCUCUAUUUGCUGUCCCCUCCGAUCAGUUCCGCGCCGACAUGAAGCAUUUAACACAAGCAUUAGAACCAUUGUUACCGGCCCAUAUGCUUCCUAGCAACUACAUCCCUUUGCGACGCUUCCCAUCGACGUUGACGGGAAAAGCCGACCGUCGUCUGUUACGCGAACUGAUCCAGCAGCACACUCGCGGCGAGUUGGAGCGUUACCAGUCUGUGACGACUAAUACUGUAGCGCCUCCAAGCACUCGCCUGGAGCGAGACCUUCACGGCCUUUUCGCCGAGGUACUGGGGAUUAAUGCUCAGGACUUCGGGAUUCAUCACAGCUUCAUAAGUCUGGGAGGAGAUUCGCUCGCCGCGAUGAAGCUGGUCAAUUUGAGCCGUAAGCUAGGCCUGCGCUUGACAGUCGCGCAGAUUAUGGAGAGCAAGACUGUUGCCAAGCUGAGCAACAUCACGUUGGUCGACGAGUCUUCAGUUAGCACGAUAAUCCCUCUGAGGGAUGGCCCUCUCGAAGCCAAACUUCCGCUCGACUUUUGGGAAGGUAUCGAAGAAGAACAUAUUGAAUUUAUUUCCAACUGCUCCACCAUCCAGCAGGGCAUUCUAUUGGGACACAUCCGAAACCCAGCCCACUACCAUAAUCGAAUAGUGUGGGAAGUCCUUGACCCCCCUGCAGCACGAGAUAUCGAUCGAAUGCGCCGUGCAUGGGCGCACGUUUGCCGCCGUCACCCCAUGCUACGUACCUUUUUCGUGGAAGCUCCAGCCGGAAACAGCUCCAUGGCGCUUCAAAUCACGUUGAAAGUGUCCCACUUCGGCCCUGAGGAUGUGGAUGUGUUGUAUGAGGAGCCUGAACAAAUGCCCAGCACGAAUCCCGCUCUAGCCUCUGACCAGCCCCUACAGUGGAUUCCCCGAUUACGAAUCUAUGAGUUUACCGGAAAUCGGCUAUACUGUGCAAUCGAUAUUCAUCAUGUUCAGGUGGACAUGAUCUCCUUGGGGAUAAUUAUCCGAGAUCUGAGGCGUUGCUAUUUGGAUGAGACUGAGUAUGUUGCAGCGGGCGACGUGUCUGAACCCAACAGUGUGUCAUACACCGACUACGCCCAGUAUCUCGUUGCAUCCCAGUCAGCGGAGAGUCUCAGUUACUGGAGAAUUCGCCUAGCUCACACGGAGCCGUGUAUAUUUCCCCGCCUGCAGCAGGGCCCGUUUGAGGCCGCUUCGUCAGCCCUUUGCAGUGUAGAGCUCCCUCUGAUGCCGAUGGCUGACCAUCUGCAGUCAUUCUGCAAGGAUACGGAAGUCACCGUAGCCACGGUGUUCAAGCUUGCCUGGUCACUGGUGCUAAGCGCAUAUACUGGGUCUCGCUGUGCCUGUUAUGGUUCGGUGACGGCAAUGAGGGAUGUCCCUUUAGCGGGUGUCGAAGACUUGGUCGGGCCACUAAUCAACACGCUUCCGUUUUGUGUGGAAUUGAACCCCGACGAAAGAGUGAUGAAUGUGCUUCGACGGGUCCAAAAUCAAUUCCUCGAAGAACUACCACACCGACAAGUAUCCAUUGCAGAACUUCAACAUUCCCUAAAGAAUAGCAGCGGUACUCUCUUCAACACCACAAUGAGCUUUGUCGACAGCUUAGACCCUGCAGCAAAUUCCCAACACCCUAUACGAUUGGUCUCCUGGUACGGACCGACUGAAUAUGACCUCGUAGUUGAAGUAACUCCAGGGCCCCCCGUCUCGUGCUGCAUCAGAUACUGGAGCCAUAUGAUGUCCGACUGGCAAGCAUCCGCUCUCGCAGAUACUCUAGCCAUGUCGGUUUCGCAGAUUCUACGUGGUGCAUCUUCAGGCCAGUCCGUCGGAAGCCUCGAUCUUUGUACGGCCCGAGAUAAGCAGAAGCUCGUUGAAUGGAAUGGGUCUCCCCCGGAGGCCGUGCGGGUGCGUGUGCACGAUUUGAUCAAGGCUCGAUGCAUCGAGCAGCCAGAUGCCUUGGCGGUGUGGGCCUGGGAUGGUGCUUUGAGCUAUCGGGAGCUCGACUGUCUUUCCUCGAACCUAGCUAGAAGGCUUAUGGCCCGUGGGGUCGGACCUGAAGCGUUUGUCGGUAUUUGUUUUGACCGGUGCAAAUGGACGUUGGUAUCGGUUCUAGCUGUCGCCAAAGCUGGGGGUGCAUUUUGCCUGAUGGACUCGUCGCAUCCGACAUAUCGCCUGCGCGAAAUCUGUGAUGCCUUGGGAGCAAAUUUAGUGAUCACAACACCAACACAUGUCGCAAAGGUAUCCAAAUGCGAACGUCCCUUGUUGGUAGUAGUGGAGGGUGUGUGUUCUGAAACGGACGAUUUGCCAGGUGGAUUGGGGUCCGAACAUCGUGACACACUUCCUCGAAAUGCCUUAUAUGCAGUCUUCACAUCCGGCUCGACGGGAAAGCCCAAAGGCGUCGUUAUCACACACGAGAAUCUGGCUGCAACAAUCAAAAAUUGCCCUCAGCGGUUGGACCUACGACCAAGCGAUCGGUCUCUUCAUUUUGCGUCUUACGCCUUUGACUUCAGUAUCAUCGAGGUUAUAGUUCCCAUGGUAGUGGGGGCCUGCGUCUGCAUUCCAUCGGAGCAUGACCGUUUGAAUAAUUUGCCCAAGGCCAUGGCGGACCUUGCGGUAACCUGGGCGAUUAUGACCCCGACGGUGUCUCGGUUACUAGAACCUGCCAGCCUGCCCACCCUUCGAACUUUAGUCCUUGGAGGAGAGGCAAUCAUGCCUUAUGAUUUCACGACCUGGCAGGGUUACACGACCCUCAUCAGCGCAUAUAGUCCGGCUGAAUGCACGCCGAUUGGACUUUGCACUGUGGUUCAGGCGGAUGAUCCGAACUGUUUGGGCAAGCCAUUCACUUCUAUGUCGCCCUGGAUCGUUGACCCAGAAAAUGUUCAGCGGUUGGUCCCAGUCGGUGCUGUAGGAGAGCUCGUCAUAGAAAAAACCGUCGUCGGUCGAGGCUAUCUACACGAUGCAGAGCACCGUGAUAUAGCCUCCUCACCGUUCAUCCCUCCGACUCGGUGGCUAUCCCAAUAUCGAACUAUCGACGUGACUAACCCUUCGCGUUUAUAUCGUACCGGUGACCUUGUCCAAUUUACUGAGGACGGGGCGGUACGAUUUAUCGGGCGCAAGGACUUGCAGGUCAAGAUCCGGGGUCAGCGACUGGAACUGGGCGAAGUAGAAUCUCGACUCCGAAGCUACCUCCCUUGGGCUGGCGCAAUUGUCGUCGAAGCUGUUGUCUUGAAAUCCCCCAGUGGUCGCGCAGUACUGGUCGCCUUUAUAUCCAUUUGCUCCCCAGAUGUUACAGACAACGCCGAGACAGUGUGCGAGAUAGCCGGAUCGUUUGAUAAUGAUGACAAUAGUGUAUAUCAGCGUGACAUCGAUAAGGCUCUUUCACAUCUUGGGGAUGAGCUACCGAACUGGAUGGUCCCUUCGGUUGUUCUGAAGGUGCAGGGCAUCCCAAUGACCAAAUCCGGAAAAGUUGAUCGACGCAGACUGCGACAACUAGCUACCCUGAUUCCCCGAGAGACGCUAGGGGCCUCUAAUGCCCAUAGUUCUCUUCGUCAAGCUCCAGUCACCGAAGAAGAGAGACGGCUACAGAUGGCUUUCGCGAACAUCUUGCAAAUGCGCCCUGAGGAGGUAUUCGCUGACAGUCACUUUUUCCAACUUGGGGGUGAUUCUGUUGGAGCCAUGGAGCUGGUGGCAGCGGCGAGGCUACAGAAUAUGGGAAUCAGUGUCAGUGAGAUUUUCCAGCAUCCUACAUUGAGUGAGCUGGCAGCGGUGGCAACCAAGACCAUGGAUGAGGAGACUUCUGAGAUUCCGCCCUUCAGCCUUCUACCCAGUGACUACGAAUCGGAUAUCAUCUCAUCCGCUCUAGAGCAAUGUGCUCUAUCGCUGAAUGACUUGGGUGAUAUCUAUCCGUGUACCGCCUUUCAGGAAGGGUUAAUGGCCCUUGCCAGUCAAAAAGCUGGCAAGUACGUCUGUCAGUGUCUAUUUGAGCUCGGACGUGAUGUUGAGAUAAAUAAAUUGAAGACCGCGUGGCAAGCAACAGUGACUGCCAAUGAUAUCCUCCGCACCCGGAUUAUUCACGUUCACCCGCACGGUACCUUCCAGGUGGUCCUGACGCCAGCCGCAGCUCCGAUUUUUUGGCACAGAUAUGAGACCGUCAAUGAAUGGCGCAAGAAGGAUAUGGAACUGAACAUGGAACUGGGAACCACAUUGGCUCGCUUUAGCAUCCUCAGCUCGGCCCAGGGACAGACACUCGUAGGUGUCUCUCUCCAUCAUGCCAUUUACGAUGGCGUCUCCCUGCCCCGACUCUUUGACCAGGUGCAAAGGGCAUAUCAGAAUGAACGUCUACCCCUCAAUAAAUUCACACCCUUUAUUCGCUCUCUAAUCUUGCAGAAUCCUAAGGAUGUUGAAGAAUUCUGGCGCACCGAGUUCCAUGGUCUUCAGACUUCGGUAUUCCCAGGUUUGCCCGAGCCUGGAUUUGUGCCCAACCCUACAGCGAGCGUGGAAAAGGAGAUCAGGUUCCCACGGCCACCGCACCUGCCAAGUGUCACCCUUUCAACAGUAAUGAGGCUGGCAUGGGCACUGCUGGUAUCAUAUUAUACAGAUUCUGAGGAUGUGGUCUUUGGCGUCACCGUCAGUGGUCGAGCGCGGUCUGUUCCUGGGAUAAACCUUCUAACUGGCCCUUCUAUGGCCACUGUUCCAUUCCGCACGCGAAUUUGUCGUGAUAGUCUACUUCUGGACGCUCUGCGUGAUGCUCAGGACCAUUCCAUGCGCAUGAUUCCCUUUGAGCAGGCAGGUCUGCAAAGGAUCCGAGAGCUCAGCGAUGAAGCUAGCGUUGCCUGCGGAUUUCAGUCACAGUUGGUCAUUCAACAUGGCGAGCAUAGCCAGGCCUCCCCUAACAUGAUGAUACUGCGUGAUCAGUUUGCGGAUCAUGCGGCGUUUCUCAACUACGCACUGGUUAUAUUGUGCACCCCAUCAACGGCACAUCAAACCGUACGCGUGAACGUUCAGUUCGAUCCGCAAAUUGUACUGCCGGCGGUCGCAGAUCGACUGCUGAGCCAAUUUGCCCAUAUCGUGGAUCAGAUGUGUGCGCCAUCUAGCUACAACGCUAGGCUCGGGGGCCUCGAAACAAUAACUCCCCAAGAUUGGACCUCGCUGCGGCAAUGGAACGGCAGCCUACCAGCCGCAUACCCUCAUCCGCUUCAUCAUCUCGUACUGUCGCAGGCGGAGACCACACCCGACAGGCGGGCCGUGGAGUCAUGGGAUGGAACCUUGACAUAUGCUGAAUUGAAUGAUCUCUCGGGAAAGCUAGGGCAGCAUCUGUUGAACCGUGGACUGAAACAGGGUUCACGGGUGGUUCUCCUUUUUGACCGCUCCCUCAUAUCGGUUGUGACAAUGUUGGCAGUGCUUCGGUCAGGAGGCAUAUGUGUCAACAUUGACCCAUCUCUACCGCAGACUCGCAUUACCCGGACAAUACACCAAGCACGGCCCUCAGUGGCAUUGGUAUCAUCUACAUAUCAGUCGCGGCUGGCAGAUGCAUUGCCGGUUCCUGUCCUCACGAUUGCACUGCAUACCAUACCACGAAGCGCAAAGAACAUCCCUUGGCCACUUGUGCGCUCUACUGACCUUGCAUUCAUUCUCUUCACUUCCGGUACCACGGGAAAGCCCAAAGGCAUUAUGGUAGAACAUGGAAAUUGCGCUACCGACAUUUUUCACUACAGUGCUGUCUUGGCCGUCACCCCGGAAAUAAGAACACUACAUUUCUGUAGCUAUGCAUUUGACUUGAGUAUCUACGAGGUUCUGACACCCUGGAUGCACGGCGGAUGUCUGUGCAUCCCAUCAGAGUCUGCACGGCUUUCAGAUUUGCCCGGAGUCAUCCAGAAAUACCACGUCAACUUCGCAAUCCUGACUCCAUCCGUGGGGAGUGCGCUACAUCCAAGUGACCUUCCCAGCCUGCAAACCCUCAUCCUGGGUGGUGAAGUGAUGCCUGCGGUGAUGUUCGACCGCUGGGCCUCUCACGUACGCUUGAUCAACUUGUAUGGCCCAGCAGAGGCCACCCAGUGUGCCGCUCUCCACCUGAAACCCACAGACGAGUUUGUGCCAGGACUUCUUGGUGCUAUGGUUGGCGCCUCGGGCUGGGUCACGGUCCCUGGCAGUCCAAAUUGCCUCACCCCCAUUGGUGCGGUGGGCGAGCUCCUGAUAGAAGGCCCAGCGGUAACUCGGGGCUAUUUUGACGAAAUGGAACAGACGCAAGCAUCAUAUAUCGAUCCGCCAGCCUGGUUGCAGGAGUUUCGCGGGCCUGCUGAGCCUGGCCGCCUCUUCUGCUCUGGAGACCUGGUGCAGUAUGUACCUAACCGGCCAGGUUGGCUGCGCUACAUUGGACGCAAGGAUAAGCAAGUCAAAAUCCGUGCACAAAGGGUCGACCUGACGGAAGUCGAGCACCAUGUCGAUGAGCUACUCCCACCAGGCAGUCAGGCAAUUGCCGAGGUCCUGUUCCAGCACUCGUCUCCUCGCCAAUCGAGCCAGCUUGCAGUAUUCUUGGCCUUUGGUGAACAGUUAACCAUCAAAAUGGACAUCAUAUGCGCCCUCGAUGAGCCAUUCAGAAAAUUAAUAGCUGAAAUCCACCCACAGCUUCAGAAAAGUCUCCCUUCUUACAUGGUCCCCACCCUCUUCUUUCCGGUAUCUCACGUUCCUCAAACACCCACCGGUAAGACCGAUCGAAAUCGGUUGCGGCAGUUGGUAGAAGGGUGGACGACCGAACAGCUGCUGCCAUAUCACCCGUUCAGUACAGAUUCAGCGCGUGCGCCAGUAGAGACGGCUGAGGAGCGCAUCUGGCAGCACAUGUGGUGCGAGGUACUCUGCAUACGUCCCGAGAAUAUCGCCAGAACUAGUCAUUUCUUUCACCUUGGCGGUGAGUCUGUUAGAGCGAUGAGGUUGGCCGGGUUGGCACAACGUGAGGGAUGGAUCAUUUCCGUGCCAGAUAUUUUCACUCAUCCGACACUAUCGGAAAUGGCGAGUUUCGCCGUACCCUCCCCCAAGGGUGUGCCGGUUCCAUCUCCAGACCGUUUCGGCCUGGUAGGAAGCAGAAGGCGGGAAUCAUAUCUGGUUAAUAUGGCGACUCACCAGUGCAACGUCACCAAAAGUGAGAUAGAGGAUAUAUAUCCUUGUACCCCGCUCCAAGAGACUCUCAUAGCCUCAACGGUACAAAAAGGAGGCUCCUAUCAAGCGCUGGAAGCCUUUGAUUUGAUCGCCGAUGUGGAUUUGGAACGCUUGGAAAUGGCGUGGCAAAAGACAGCGGCCGAUCAUGCUAUCCUCCGCACGCGAAUUAUGCAAGACUAUACCGGCGAACUGUUUCAGGUGGUAGUCAAAGGUCCGUUAGCAUGGACCGUGGAACAAGCGGAUAAAAACGCUGAGAACGGGUUACUGCAUUUCCAGCGUACCAUGGGCAUUGGGACACCCUUGAUUCAUCUAGUCCUUCUACAAUCUCCCGGAUCCACGAUACCCGAUCGUCUCUUGCUCUCGAUACAUCACGCAUUGUACGAUGGAUGGUCCCUGCCCCUGUUGCUCGAGGAGGUCAAUCAGAAAUACAUCGGCCCAUAUCGGGGCCAGGACACAACCGUGCCUUUCAACGAGUUGGAAACGAAGACAGAAGCUCGACUAUUUCCACGUUUGCCGGACGGGGUAUACGAGCCACACCCACAGGCUAUUUUGCAGGACCAAGUCUCCGUUAGCCCGACGCGGAAUGAAUCUGGGAUAACCCUCGCAACCAUGGUCCAGGCAUCUUGGGCAUUGACAGUGAGUUGCUACUUGAACGCAAGCGAUGUAGGGUUUGGGAUCACCACCUCUGGACGAGCUGCCCCUGUUCCGGGAAUCGAUCGACUGUUGGGACCUACGCUGGCUACAUUGCCCCGACGCAUACAUAUCCAGAGCACGCUGGAUAUCAAACUUCUCCUACGGCAACUACAGCAGCGCUUUACGGAGCAGUCCAAGUAUGAACACAUUGGACUGCAGCAGAUUCGCCAGCUAGGGGCAUCGGCGGCCAGCGCGUGUCGCUUCCAGACUCUCCUGGUCAUUCAGCCCGACCAGCCAAAGCGCCAGCUGGCUUGGGCUGGAAACCACCAGAGUGCGGCCGAAUUGACGCAGUUUAGCAAUGUUGCGUUAACCUUGAUCUGCCAGCUCCCCUCUCCCUCCUCGACGUCCAUUGGCCUGACAGCAGUCUACGACCCUCGAGUACUGGCACCCGCACAGAUGCAGCGGGUUCUGUCGCAAGUUGGCCAUGUCUUCAGAGAGUUACAGGAUGCUCCAGACGGUGUUCCCAUCGCCUCGCUCAAUAUGCUGAACCCCAGCGACUCCACAGAAUUGCAACAGUGGAAUGAGCUCACUGUUCCUACUGGAAAGCAUCAAGAUCAAGAAUUUGUGCAUGACAUGAUACGGCGGAGAUGCCAGCUUCAACCAGACGCCGUAGCCGUUGAGGCAUGGGACGGAAGCCUCACUUAUGGAGAGCUGGAUUCCUACACGGAGUACCUGGCUGCGAAACUGCAGCUAUGUGGUGUUCGCAACGACCACUUCAUUGCUCUCUACUUCGAGAAGUCAUGUUGGACCAUUGUCGCCCAACUGGCGGUCGUGAAAGCCGGAGGGGCCCUAGUGAUGCUAGAGCCUUCUCAUCCCGUUGAUCGCCGUCGGGAUAUUUGCCAGACUUUGGAUGUCAUGUUAAUCCUUGGACCUCCUCACCUCACUCAUUCGUUGGAACAGGAGCUCAAUAUCAAGGUACUACCUAUCAGCAAGGCUCAUCUCAUCGUGAUGGAUGGGGAACAUCUAUCAGUCAACAGUCAUAUACAGUCUCAUAACCUCAUGUAUGCCAUCGCUACAUCCGGGACUACUGGUUGUCCUAAGCUCGCAUUGGUUCAUCAUGGCGGUUUUGUUGCCACUGCAAGGACCUUGGUUGAUAGGCUCCUCUUACUGGCAUCGUCUCGGGUGCUUCAAUUCUCUAGUUACGGGUUCGACGCAAGCUUAGUGGAACAACUGCUUCCGUUAAUUGUAGGAGGCUGCGUCUGUGUUCCCACCCCCUUUGACCGUGAUAACCGCCUAGCGUUCACGAUGGCGACCAUGAAGAUCAAUUGGAUGGUUGCACCAGCAUCAGUGAUUCACCUGCUUUCACCUGAUACGGUCCCAACACUACAGACAUUAAUAUCUGCGGGUGAACCAUUGCAGCAAAGUAUAAUCGAUGUGUGGGCCACUCGAGUCAACCUCAUAAAUGCAUACGGCCCAGCGGAGUGCAGUAUGGUGUGCUCAGUCAACCCAAGCGUAAGGCCGGGAACCGAUCCGAACAAUAUCGGAUACCCAAUUGGUGGCACCUGUUGGAUAGUAGACCCGAAUGAUAUCAACACCCUUUUGCCAAUUGGUGCUGAAGGAGAACUCCUGGUGGAAGGGCCGAACGUCGGUGUCGGAUAUGCGAAAGACCCUCGGCGCACAAGAGUUGCAUUUUCAUCGUCACCGCCUCACUGGCUCCGCUCCAUUCACGGAGAUUCAGUCCACACCCGAAUAUACCGCACAGGAGAUAUCGCUCGAUAUAAUCCCGACGGAUCUGUGCAUUACGUGGGCCGUAAGGAUUCACAAAUCAAAUUACAUGGGCAGCGGAUCGAGCUCGCCGAGGUGGAACAUCAUGUCAGGCUAUGUUUCCCAGGCGCCAUCCAGGUAAUUGUUGAGAUGGUCAAGUUUGACGAUUUUGAAACUAGCUCCCUCGUCGCCCUCAUCGUCUUGUCUAGCUCAGGCUUUCCAGCGUCUGGAUCAAACAUCCUGCUCCCAACAACCGCGAAUUUCCUCAACAAUGUUCAACACGCGGAAGCACUCCUGCAGGAUCGUAUCCCACCCUAUAUGAUCCCGACGCUGUUCGUACCGGUGGCACAGAUCCCCUUCAAUACCAAUGGCAAGGCAGAUCGUGCUCGUCUGAGAACCUUGGUUGCUUCUCUGUCCAUCCAUGAUCGUACAGGCUAUCGCUCCACGGCCACAACAAAGCCUAACACAGAUCUAGAAAUUGUGCUUCAUGGAAUCUGGUCCCGUGUUUUACGGAUCUCACCUCAGAGGCUUGGCAUCCAUGAAAGCUUCUUUCGGGUAGGCGGCAAUUCUAUUAGCAGUAUGCAACUAGCGGCGCAGUGCAACGAGGCUCUCCUUCCAAUAUCCGUCCAGGAUAUCUUCCGUUGCCGAACAAUUUCGCGGUUGGCGUCAUCAUUCAAGGGUCAUCCUGUCCAGGCGGACAGAUCUUUAGAAGCACAUAGCCAGGAUGGAUCACUGGGCCCAGUGCAGCGGCUGCUGCCUGAAGUAGGGCACCCCAAGGCUCCAGUGGAUUCUACUCUUGCCGCCUUCACUGAUGGCCAGCUCGAGGAGAUAAAUAACGGCAUCCCGCUUGGAUAUGAAGGGCAGAUACAAGAUAUCUACCCCUGCUCCCAUGCACAGCAGGGCAUGCUCAUCAGCAAUACACGCAACUCCAGCCUCUAUCAGCAAGUCUAUCGCUUUGAAGUGGUUAGAGGUUUUGAUGCGCCCAAGGUUGACUGUCAGCAGUUGGUAAGGGCGUGGCAUGCGGUAGUCAAGCGACAUGGAGCCCUGCGGACCGUUUUCCUUGAUAUACCAGGGAGAGGGUUCCACCAGAUCGUGCUCGUCAAUGCAAUAGACAAUGUCAUAAUUGCGGCUGACGGCAACCAUAGCAGUACAUGUACCCAAAAGAGACCUGGUACACAAGACCUGUAUGGUCCUUUACCAACUCUAAUUAUUCACCAGGAGUAUGAUGAGCGGCUUUGGAUCGAACUGCAUAUAAGUCAUGCUCUUCUAGAUGGAGUGUCACUGCGAAUCAUCGAACAAGACCUCGUGAAAGCAUACUACAACAACCUACCCUCUUCAUUACCUGACUAUCGGGAUUACGUCACCUAUCUGCGGGCAAAGGGAGAUACGGAAAUAUCAUUGAGCUACUGGAAAAAGUACCUGGAGGGUGCGCAGCCCUGCCUCUUUCCUCGCCUCCGUGACUCUACAGCAGCAGUGACAGACGUGUCGGAGCCAAAGGCAACCGUCGACUUCGUGUCGCUUGACUUGGGCCCUUCGAAGUCUCUUGAUCAGUUGUGUGAGACUCAUUGCCUGAGCCUUACCGCUAUCUUGCAUGUAGUUUGGGCCGUUGUGCUGCAGCAAUAUACCGGAACGGACAGCGUGUGCUUUGGAUAUGCCACAUCCGCGCGGCAUGUCCCCAUCCCUCAUGUGGACGAAAUAGUUGGUCCAAUGAUCAACACGCUGCCCAGUCAAAUCCAACUCUCUAGGGAUGCAUCAGUACUGUCCACUUUACAAAAGUACACCGUUCAUUUCAUGUCCUGCAUGGAGCAUGCCUACGUUUCACUUGGACAGAUAUUACACUCGGCUAUGUCCAGUACACAAUCACCUUUCAACACAAUGAUAACUAUUGUUGAGACUGGAGAUCGUAGAGACGACGCUGAUGGAUCCUGCUUAUCGUUGGUUGGUAUGGAUGGACAUGGGGAGACAGAGUAUGCGUUGGCCUUGACCGUUUCCAAAGCAUCGAGCCGCAUGGAUUUGCACCUUUCAUACCAAACAUCCAUGGUCAAUACUUCUCAGGCCCAUGAUGUGUGCCUGAUGUUUCAAAAAGUCCUGUGCGAGGUCUUGGAGCGGCCCACAGCCAAGACUGGUGCCAUCGAUGCCCUGAAUAUGGGCCAGAGACAGCGCAUGGAAUCGAGGCAGCCUACCCCACCGGCUGCAGCAAAUACAUUGAUAUACGAAACCAUUAAUCGGCGAUGCGCAGAGCAACCAUCAUCAUCGGCCGUCUGUGCCUGGGAUGGUGAAUUCACCUACGGGGAAAUUGAUCAGCUCUCAUCAGUAUUGGCGGGAGAGAUCCUUGCCCAUGGAGUUAAACCGGAGGACCCGGUUUUGGUAUGCCUUGAAAAGAGCCGCUGGGUUCCGGUGGUUAUGCUGGCAGUCUGGAAAGCCGGGGCAUGCUUAGUUCUUCUGGAUGUCACCCAUCCAACUACUCGAUUGCAUAUGAUUGCCAAGCAAUCUGCCGCAUCGCUGGCAAUUGCAAAUAGAAGUACGCGCUCCAAAGCAAACAUCCUGUGCUCACGAGUAUUGCAAAUCGAUGAUGACCGCUUGUGGACUCGACAUGUUAACUCCUCGCGGGCUGAGAUGGUUCAUGUUGACGGACACAGCGCUGCAUACAUUAUAUUCACAUCUGGCUCGACUGGAACACCCAAAGGGGCUGUGAUUGAACAUGCUUCCCUUUCCAUUGCGUGGGAGACCCUCAUUACUCGACUCCAGUUAAACCCGACAUCGCGUGUUCUACAGUUUGCCUCCCAUUCCUGGGAUGCGACAAUCAUCGAUGUUAUGGCCGCAUUGAUGUCAGGAGGUUGUCUCUGUGUACCCUCGGAAAACGAACGUAUGGGGCAUUUGGCCUUAGCUGCGAAUCGUAUGCGAGCCAAUUGGAUGCUACUGACCCCAACUGUCGCCCGUCAGCUUACUCCUAGCGAGUUUCUUUACCUUGAAACGCUAGUCCUUGGCGGGGAACGGGUCAAUACAACGGACAUUGAAGUCUGGCAUGAUAAAGUCUGUCUCCUGAGCGCAUAUGGCCCAGCAGAGUGCACGCAAACCACGAGCGUGACGAGGCCGUUAGAUAUGACCUGUGAUGCGCGGAACAUCGGUGUCCCAAACGCCAGUGCUGGAUGGGUUGUACGUCCGGACGACCCUGAACAGCUCGUCCCCGACGGGGCUAUUGGAGAGUUACUUAUUGAGGGACCCAUUGUGGGCCAGGGCUAUUUGAAUGAACCUCAGCGUACCUAUCAAGCCUUCAUUGAGGCCCCCAGUUGGUUGCAGGCCAUUCGCUCACCCGGUAUCGUUCGGGUCUAUAGAACUGGGGACUUGGUUCGGUUCGCAGCUGACGGGUCACUCAUCUUUAUUGGACGCAUGGAUGACCAGGUGAAGCUACACGGCCAGCGGUUAGAGCUGGGUGAGGUUGAACAUCACGUUCAGCAGGCUUUCGCUGGAUCGCUUACGGUGAUUGAUCUCAUCCAACCCGGAGAGGAGCAACAAAUGGGUCCGUUUCUCGCAGCAUGUAUCUUCUCUCCCGGCCAUGCUUGUAAAUCACCAUUUCAUGCCGGCAUUUGGGAGCCCCCUUCGGAUACCUUUCGAAAGAAAGUUCAAGAGGCUAGAACAGCAUUGUAUCAGAGCCUGCCUUCAUACAUGGUGCCUUCCGUGUUUCUCCCAUUGGCAUGCCUGCCCAAAGCAACGACAGGAAAAAUUGAUCGAAAGCGUCUCCGGAACUACAUCCUUAACAUGUCCCAAGAGGAACUCCUUACUUAUAGCUCUCCCGAUGUUAACUGGGCGGCCUCUGUUUUAACCCUCAUGGAGACGCGCUUGCAGGAUCAUAUUUCCAGUAUCCUGCAUAAACAACCUUGGCAGGUUUCACCCGAUCAAGAUCUCUUUCAGCUGGGAAUGGAUUCAGUGCUAGCCAUGGCCCUAAUUGCAAGGCUGUACAAGGACGGUCUCAAGCUAACGGUCAGGGAUAUCUUUGAGCAACCUCAGCUGCGUAACCUGGCUCUUGUGGUGCGAGAGACGUUGCGGCCAGAUCAAGAAGGUGUCAGGAAAGCACACAGCCGCAGCCCCCUUCUGCACUAUGCGAGGGAGAUUGCUGAUGAGUGGAAGAUGGCUUUAACCUCCAUUGAGCACAUUUUGCCAACUACCCAUUUCCAGCGAGAGAGCUUGGAGGCGCGACACAAAGUGUACUUCAUUUUCCAUUUUCAUGGCAAGAUCGACUGUCAGCGUCUUCAGCAUGCUGUGCAGGCUGCUGUAGACAAAUACGCCAUACUGCGAACGGUCUUCAUUCCUUGGGACGAGUCUACAGUUCAAAUAACUUUAGGUGACGCCACUGUACCGGUGGAAAUCACGACGACCGAUCUGAAUCCAGUAGAAAUAGCAGGAUCCAUUUGCCGCGAGGAUUCAUCAGCACCCGUUGCCUCCGGCAAACUACACACCCAGCUUCGCUUGAUCAUGGGGUCCAACCGUGAUUCAAUGGCCCUUCGGUUGGCCCAUGCUCAGUAUGACGGCAUCAGCAUGCCUCGUCUGUUCACGGACAUCGCCCGGGCAUAUCAGGGGAUAACUUUAAGUCCUGCUAAGGUGGACUUUCCGGAAUACCUGCACAGCCGCAUCUAUGAUAUUCCUUCACAAGCAUACAAGUUCUGGCGCGACUUGCUCCGAGGUUCCAGCAUGACCUAUCUACGUUCUGAAUCUUCAUCAGGAUCUCCGCCUUCCCAUAAUCGGGGAAGCCUUAUAACGAGCACCACAGAGGUCUCAUACCCGCCAGCCCCCGCUGGAACCACGAUGGCCACCGUCGCCAAGGCAGCUUGGGCCCUCUGCCUAGCACACAUGGCUGGCACUCACGACAUCGUAUUCGGUCAGCUCGUCAACGGCCGAAACCUGGAGCUGCCAGAAGCCGAAACGGUUGUGGGUGCCUGUGUCAAUUACGUCCCAGUCCGUGUGACUCUCCAGGCUGACUGGACCGUGUCAAGCCUCCUCCAUGCGGUUCAUCAGCAGCAAACCCGCAGCAUGUCUUUCGAAACUCUCGAAUACGACGAGCUGGUGGCGCAGUGUACCUCCUGGCCGGCAGACACGGAUCCGGGUACCGGGAUUCACUACGUGAACAUCCCCGAUGCAUUUGCUGGUAGCGGCCUGCCUGGGGUCGGGUCGGACUAUGAGACCUAUGUAUCCCGCUUGCCUUAUUAUCAUCCCCGUGUGACCUGUAGUCCCCUCUCGAAGGGAACACUUGAGCUUACGCUUUACGUCUCGGAUCAGCUGUGGGAUCAGAAUCAGGCGGAUCAGACUCUGCAUCUGUUUGGGCAGACUGUGGUACGCAUUCUGGAGAACCCAACAGGGCUUGCUCUUGAUGUUUUAAAGCGCUAG